UCGGUGCAGGGCUGAGAGCUUCUGGUUUGUGCUGCAGCAUUUUGCAGCUUUCUUUAUGGGAGGAGCAGUGCGACUUCCCCACUUCUGCUCCCCCACUAUGUACUUUUUUUUUACAUCUGGCUGGCAUCGCUUAAUUUCCGCAUUCCCAAAUCCUCCCAGAUUGGGAUCACUUUUAAAGUCGGGCUGAUGCAACGGUUUCCACUUUUUAAAAUCUACUCUCGACCCUCGUCUGACCACAAGAAGGAACAUUUGUUGCACCUGGGAUCAAAGUCAGCUGUGGUCAAGACCGAGUCUGACGCAAUGCCAGGACAAAUCCCAGAUCCGUGUGUGACGGCGGGCUCCUUGCCCAGCCUGGGCCCGCUGGCUGGGAUCUCAGCCACCACGCUGACUGACAAGCUCAAGUUUGGUGAUCUCCAGGAGUUUGGAACAAUGUUGUCACCGCUGCAUUUCUUGGACAGUUUAGGGAAAAGGCCUUUAAUCAUCAAAACAGAGAGAGAUGAAGAAGAAGAGAGGAGAAAACGAAGGCGAGAGAAAAACAAAGUGGCUGCUGCUCGAUGUCGAAACAAAAAGAAAGAAAGGACAGAUUAUUUACAAAAAGAGUCAGAAAGACUAGAGAUGUUAAACUCUGACCUGAAAGCCCAAAUCGAGGAGCUGAAACUUGAGCGGCAACAGCUUAUCCUCAUGCUGAACCGCCAUCGCCCUACGUGUAUUGUUAGGACGGAUAGCGUGAAAACCACAGAAAGCGAGGAAAACCCCCUGCUGCAGCAUUUCGAGGCUAAGUGAAGACCUCAACCAGCUUGAGAAGGAGUCAUCAGCACUUAGGUUGGAGCCUCAGUCGAGGAACAGAACCAGCCAACAACUCCUGCUCUGAAACAAGAAGAUCCAGUCUCAAAUCUCGUCUAUACUCAUUUGCCCUCUGCUUCAUCAGAGCUCCAACCACAGACUUAACAAAAACACAUCAAAACUUUUUAAAAUGAAAACAUUACAAACAUAUACAUUUAAUUUCCACACUCUUUUCAUUGUUUGUCACAGAAAAGAUAAACGUCUUGGUUCUAUAUUUCAUUAUGUUGGCGCAGGCGUCAUGUAUGCACAUAUAAAUAUAUCUAUAACAAGUGUUUACAUUCUACUUUAUUUACUGUCUGCAUAUUGUUACAGGCAAUUUAUGUUUUUAUACUGUUGUAUAUAUUGUUAUAUAAGCUAUUGGAAAAAAACCUCAAUUUAUAUUUCCUGAAGAAAUAAAUGUUUAGUUUCUUUUUA